AUGGCGAAGCACACGGCGGCGUUGAAAGCAGGACUGACUUUACUAGCGCUGAGCAUGAUUGGUUACAUACUUGGUCCACCUCUCUACUGGCACCUCACGGAGGCACUGGUCGCUUCCGCGUCUUCUUGCUCCCAUUGCGGCGCCUGUGACUGCUCUUCCGUGCCUCUUCUCACCAUCCCCAAAGGACUCAGCAAUGGAUCUUUUGGAGAUUGUGCAAAGCAUGACCCAGAGGUAAACGAAGACACAGAGAAGAACUAUGCUGAGCUCUUAACGGAGGAACUGAAGCAACGCGAAGCAGCAUCGAUGGAGAAACACAAAAGAGUAGACACAGGUCUGCUAGAGGCCAAGAAGGUAACAUCCUCUUACCAAAAGGAGGCGGAUAAGUGCAACUCCGGUAUGGAGACUUGUGAGGAAGCGAGAGAGAAGUCGGAAAAAGCACUCGUGGAACAGAAGAAGCUGACUUCUAUGUGGGAGCUCAGAGCUCGUCAAAAAGGAUGGAAAGAAGGAGCCACCAAGUCUGUUAAAUCCAAAAGCAGUGUUCAGGCUUCUUAG